AUACGACUCUGCCCACAGGCGCCACCUCUGCCCGCCAAUAACAAACGUCUCCGACUGAUGACGUAAGCCAACGCGUCACCAUGUUUUGAGUUUCAACCAUGGUUUCGGCGCGUCUCAUGGCUCCUAAUACCGAUCGUUUACAUGCCAACCCAGAAACGUAGUCCUAGAUACAAUGAUGGAAACCAGAACCAGUGUGGACUCGAUGACCAUGUAUGAGGACGAGUCUAUCGACGUUCGUUACGGAAACGGAGCCCGGUUACAACUGUCGCCGUGUGGCUGUGAAUUCAUGCUGGCAAAACCCUCUGAUCCCUCCGGACAUCCUCUGCAGCCCAUCGAGAGGAUCCGACAAAGGACAAGGUUCACCAUCAGCACGUACAAGGAGUUGAUGGUAGCUGCAUUGGCAUUUAGGAAUAAAUACGCUACUCGACCAUACUUGCCGGAGGAGCUCAUCCCCUUCGAGAACAAAAAGCCUUUUUUCAGUCUUGACUCUGAAGUGCAGUGGCCUGAGUGGUCUUCUUGUGAUGUGGAGUCUGGACCUGGAGUCCAGACUAUCAUCAGGACGGAGGGGGGGCGAGCUGUGUUGAUGCUGUCACCCUCAGGUGAAGAAUUCUCUGUUGAGUUUACAUGCAUCCUCAGCCAGGCUCAAAAUCAGCGCCGCACUGUGCAGGGUGUCAGCAUAGAUGUUGACAGCAGCUCAGACAUUCUCCAGCAGCAAGGUAGCAUUCAGAUCCAUCGCUCCACAAAUGAUGAGGACAAAGAGAUUCUUCAGGGAAGAGGAAGCAAACGGAACGAGUCUGUAAGAUCAAGGCCUUGUUCUCCUCGGAUCAUCAGCACUGCUCAGCCAAAGCCAGAGAAGAUGUACCAAUCCACCACAGUGGUCCAGCAUCACUCCUGCUGCGCCGUUGCCCCCAUGUGGCGCUACCCUCUGUCUCUGGCUCGGCGUCUCCGGACGGCUCAUCUCCCUAAACCUGAAGAUGUCCGAGUAGAGGGAACCGGCGACCUCUCAAAGGCACAAAGGAUCAUACCAAUUUCCGACAUAUCCACGGAAGAGAGAAGGUCUCACCUUCCUCAGGCGCUGCCUCUCACAUGUCCAUCGCCUCACUGGCACAGGUGGAAGGUUAAAGAGCCACUGGCCAAAACGGAACAUUCAGACCAAGAUCUUCCAACGGAGUUGGUGAAAGUGAUGUGGUGUCAAGGAGUCACUUACAGGAUACUGAGUGGGACGGUCUCAGUCAUCGAGGUUUCCCCGGGAGACGGAUCAGUCAUCCGCUCAAACAAUGUCCUUAACACUUAUUUUACCCAUUACAAGCCUGACCCUCUGUCACAGCAGGUGAAAGAGAUCACGUACCAUCUGAACAACCUUCAGCCGGAUGUCCCAGGACAGCCGUACUCUGUGCGCUCUAUUGUGAGUCGUGCAAGCAGGAUCCUCGCUUGCUACAACGAGGCAAAGCAGUCACUGAAGCUCCCUGCCACACCCGGCUGCUUGCAAAAGGGCAGGGACAUAUCGAAACCAGCAAGGAUAGGAGAAAGUCUGUCCCGUCUUGUAGAGGUUGAGCAGCAUGUGAAUGUCACACAGACGGUAGCAAGUCGGUCAGAUCUAGUAGCUGCAGAACUGGAGAAGAUAAAACGAUUUAACUUUCUGCUGGAAAACAACCACCUGCUAGGAAGUGACAAAGGUUGUGCAAAGCUGGAAGAUAGUUCUGCAGAAGAUGUGACUCAUGAACUAGUGAAUGAGAACUGCAUCGAUGCGGCUCUUCAGAGGACAUCCAAAGCCAUACAGGACAUUGAUGCUCUCGUAUGUGCAGCUUCACUGACUUUAGAGUCCAACAUUAGAGAAACCUUUUAAGAAUACAAAACCCGACAUAUGAACUUGAUACCAAAAUAAAUAUUUUUCUUUUUCACCAAUGCUGGCACAUGGCUUUCAUUUGGGAUUUACUGUUAAUUGACAACAGUUCUAUUUAACUACUGAUAUAACUAGCACCACUGGCAUGACUUCAACAACAUUCAUAAAGGUUUUAAUAGUUGCUGAUUACUGUGUCUUUAUUUGUAAUUUAUACAAUUAUUAAAAUACAAAUUCCAUUACAUGGGAAAGACUUUCUAGUUUGAAUAUAUAGAAACUGUUAUGUUACUUAUAAGUCCAUUUUGUAUUGUAAAAAAAGACAGGCCAAUUGAAGAUAUCAUUUUUAAAGGCUAAUCCGAAGGUUGUUGGCUUUGCAGACACAGCCCUUCAAACCAGAAUCAAAAAUUUUGUGAUUGUAUACUGACACAUUUAUUUCAAGGAAUUACUUUGUGAAAUCCUCAUUCAUAUUUCUCAUUUGUUUCCCUUCUGUGUAAUAAUAAAACCAGCAUAGAACAAAUUGUGCAUUUU